UCAUAAGCUGCCUACACAUUGUUCACAAACCAUAACAAGCACUCACCAAUAGCCCCGUUAUGACAAUCCUUCUCACUGGCGGAACUGGAAAGACAGCGACGCGCAUCGCCUGUCUUCUCAAAGACGCCCACCAACCUGUCCUCCUCACUUCUCGUAAGGGCGUCGUCCCCGAGCCCUUUAAGGGCAUCAAAUUCGACUGGUACGACCCAUCCACGUUCGAAAAUGUCUUCACCGCCGACCCGAACAUCGACCGAAUCUACCUCAUCGCACCUGCAGGCACCUUGGACGUGUUUCCACCUAUGAAGCCUUUCAUUGAUUUGGCGGUGCAGAAGGGUGUGAAGCGGUUUGUCCUCCUCAGCGCAACGUCAUUCGAACCUGGUUCCCCCGCGAUAGGGAAGGUACACGAGUAUCUGCUAUCCCUGAAGGUCGACUAUGCAGUCAUUCGUCCUUCGUGGUUCUUCGAGAAUUUUUUGACGCUACACCUCCCAACAAUUAGGGAACAGAACACAAUUAUGAGCGCGUCUGAGGAUGGAAAGAUUGGAUUUAUAUCUGCAGACGACAUUGCGGAUUUGGCUGUCAGUACGUUGACGGACGAGAAGAGCCAUAACAAAGACUAUAUUCUUACGGGCCCUGAGCUGCUCUCUUACGAUGAUGUUGCUGCCAUCUUCACACAGGUGCUUGGUCGGAAGAUUACUCACACGCGUAUCACCGUCGAGGAGUCGAAGAAGAGAUAUCUUGCUUUUGGUCUUCCGGAAGAUUUUGCGGCGGCGCUCGCAUCUAUGGAUGGCCUGAAUGCUAAAGGUGUUGAGGAAAAGAUAUUCGUAGCACCGAAGAAGGUAACCGGAAAGAGGACAUUGAGGAGCUUUGUGGAGGCAAACAAGGAUAUCUUUUAGGGCGUGAAUAGAUUAUA